AAUAUAUUGCUAAAAAAUGUCCAUCAGUAGGGCUAUGUAACAAAGCCACGAUAUUGUCAUUGUCAGACAUUUUUACUGCGAUACUGACCUUUUUUCUUUGAUUAACCCGAUUUAAAAUUGUGUUUUCUUUUUCCGAACUACAUUUGAAGGCAGCAUUUGAGCUCCACAGAUUCUGUCGCGUGCGGCAGUUUUGCCGCGAUAAACUCGAAUAUACUGUGAGGAAAACAGAGCAGAGUCUGUACAUGGAAUUAAAACUGGACUGGAUAGUGAUUUAAGUUAUGAAUUAACAUGGCUGCUCAGACCUUCAUUGCUAUCUCUGAACUGCAUCCCAACUUCUCUCAUCCGAAAGUGGCAGGCAUCGUUAUUGGGAAAACUGAUGUCAGAAGCUUUCCUGACAGAAAAAAUAUUGGUGAAGACAGAUUCACUUUUAGCUUCACCAUUAAGGACUCACCUGACUUCUUCAUUAAUGUGACAUCCUGGGGUAAUGGUGGAUACAUCAACGGGCUCUCCAGCAGCUUCAGCACCGGAGACUGUGUCAUCAUUGAAAAUCCUUUAGUCACCAACAAAGACCCGGAGAAAGGGGACAAAUUCUGUCCCACAACACCAAGCCUCUACAGGCUGCUGGUGACGGAGGCUCAUUCCCAGGUGAGUCUGUGUGCUGACAUGGACACCAUCGACAGGCUGCUGCCACUCAUCCACCUGCCAGUGAAGGACUGUGCAGAUUUCUACUCUCUGGGAGACAUUAUGGCCAACGGGCAGAGCCUGGACGGCACACUGAUAAAUAUACUGGCUGCAGUGAAAUCGAUUGGAGAGCUGAAGCAGUUCACCACUUCAGACAGUCGCAAAGGGCAGAGGCUGGAAGUGAAGCUCUUUGAUGACUCUGUCUCUUCCUUCCCUCUCGUCUGCUGGGACAGAGAAGCCAUUCAGCUCGUGCAAACUUUGAUACCCAAGGAGACGGUGCUCUUCAUCGCUGAUGCAAAGAUAAGCUUUGACAGCUUUCGCAACGGCAUGACAGCAUCCGUUAACUCGAAAACCAUUAUCACUGUCAAUCCCGACACCAGAGAGGCCAGUCUGCUGUUCAGCUACGCAAAAGAAGCAUCGGAGUCUGGUGCUCUGGAUCAUGAUGAGAAGCCAGAAGACAUGCCUGUGGACUCCAUCACUGACGUGUACACAGUGAGCCAGGUGAAGCAGAAGACCCAGGAGAAUCCUGAGGUCUUCUUUGGCAUCACGUACGGCUUCAUCUCCAAGCUCGACCUCGACUCUUCUGUUUCAAAAGUCAUCAAGACGCGGUGCUCCAGGUGUAAGUUUCAGGUGACUGAGGACAAGCAGAGCUGCACCAACCUGUUGUGUCCAGGGAGGGAUCAGGCCUUAGCAUCCAGCACAGGCUUUGACCUGCUGGUGGACAUCACGGACCACACCGGCACCCUGCAUUCCUGCGCGCUCAGAAGCCCAGUGGCAGAACAGACACUUGGCUGUACGACAGAGGAGUUUACCAGUUUGACUGAUGACGAGCGGACUGCAAUGAAGUGGAAAUUUCUUUUGGAGAGAUGCAAAAUACAUGUGAAGAUACUCCCUUCCACUAAAAUGAGGACUGGGAUCAGGGGCCUGAUCCUGGCCUGCUCAGUGGCUGACCCCGGAGAGGUGAAACAGCACAUGUCUGCCCUGCUGCAGCGGCUGUGAUCACAACACACACUGACGGAGCAGGAAAGCACUUAUGUUGCAGUUGGCUGCUUUACCUGCUCUGCUGUACUGUUCUGAGGUGUUAACAAAGGCAGUAGUCAUUUAUACAUGCUUUGUUUUGUGAAUAGUAAAUCUGCAUUAUUUAUUUAUUUAUUAUACUUAUUUAUUUCAGUGCAUAUAUUAAAGAAUGUGCUGUUGGCUUGAUUGCCUUUUAAAACUGUUAAAUAAACUAACUUGUACGUAU